AAGGCACAUCGAUUCAUCGAAGUAUCGCUUCGGUUCAGUUUUAAGUUCUUCCUAUAAAUAUACAUUCUCUCCCCACAAAAAUCCCCAAAAAACUAAAAAAAAGAAAGAAAAAAAUCAUAGAGAAAACCCUAGGAGAAGAAAACCCUAAUUUCUCCUAGUGUCUGCAUUGUUCGCUUUUUAUUUCGUGGGAGUUUGAGAUUCUUGUCUGUCUUUGCCUUGCUCUUCUUUUUUUCUCUCAAUGGCAAACGUUGUUGUUGCUAAUCAAACUCCUCCUGUUGAUCAACAACAGCAACAGCAACAACAAGUAGUGCAGAAUCAAGGAUUUGGUAAUUCGUCAUUGUAUGUUGGAGAUCUUGAUCAUUCUAUUACAGAAGCACAAUUGUAUGAUCUGUUUAACAGUGUUGCUCAAGUUGAAUCCAUUAGGAUUUGUAGGGAUCAGGUCAGAAGGUUUUCUCUUGGUUAUGCUUAUGUUAAUUACAGGAAUCAUCAAGAUGCUGUGAAUGCAAUGGACACCCUGAAUUUUACGCCGGUGAACGGAAAGCCUAUCAGAAUUAUGUACUCCCACCGAGAUCCUAGCAUUCGGAAAAGUGGUUUUGCUAACAUAUAUAUUAAGAAUUUGGAUACAUCACUGGACAAUAAGGCGUUGCAUGAUACUUUUGCUACUUUUGGUACCGUACUUUCCUGCAAGGUGGCCACUGAUAACAAUGGUCAGUCAAAAGGGUACGGUUUUGUGCAGUUCGAAAAGGAGGAAGCUGCCCAGAGAGCUAUUGAAAGUCUGAAUGGGAUGCUUAUAAACGACAAGAAAGUUUAUGUUGGUCUUUUUGUUCGCAAACAUGAAAGAGAUCAAGCAAACGGGUCACCAAAAUAUACUAAUGUAUUUGUGAAAAAUUUAUCUGAAACAACUACUGAUGAGGACCUUAAGAAGUUUUUUGGAAAUUAUGGACCCAUCACUAGUGCUGUUGUGAUGAUGGACGCUGAUGGGAAUUCUAAAGGAUUCGGUUUUGUUAACUUUGAGAAUCCAGACAAUGCAGCUACUGCAGUUGAAAAAUUGAAUGGAACCACUAAAGAUGAUAAAGUGUGGUAUGUCGGUAGGGCUCAAAGAAAAUCUGAAAGAGAGGCUGAGUUGAAAGCCAAAUUCGAGCAGGAGCGAAAUAUCCGGUUGGAAAAACUACAAGGAGCUAAUUUAUAUCUUAAAAAUCUUGAUGAAAGCAUUAAUGAUGAAAAACUUAAGGAGUUGUUCUCCGAAUUCGGUUCUAUAACAUCAAGCAAGGUGAUGCUUGAUCCUCGAGGAGUGAGUAAGGGCUCUGGUUUUGUUGCAUUCUCCACCCCGGAGGAAGCUGCUAGAGCUGUGACUGAAAUGAAUGGGAAGAUGAUAGGUCGGAAACCUCUUUAUGUUGCCGUGGCUCAGCGCAAAGAAGAAAGGAGAGCUAGGCUGCAGGCUCAUUUUGCUCAAAUGCGAGCACCUGGUGCAAUGGCACCUCUUCCAUCAGGUAUGACCGGUUUCCAUCCUGGAGGACCUAGGCUUGCCCCCCAGCCGUUAUAUUUUGGUCAAGGUGGCCCGGGUCUGAUUCCAUCCCAGCCUGCUGGAUAUGGAUUUCAGCAACAAAUACUGCCAGGAGUUCGGCCAGGUGUCGGACCAAACUUUAUGGUGCCCUACCACCUUCAGAGACAGGGCCAGCCUGGGCAGAGAAUGGGUUUAAGAAGAGGAGGAAAUCCACAUCAGAUACAGCAGCAGGUGAUGCCAGGGAAUUCUAAUCAAGGAUUCAGAUACAUACCAAACUCAAGGAAUGGGCUUGUAGACCCAUCUGUGGUACCUCUGAGUCCAAUUAUGACGUUGCCGCUUGAUGCUUCUGGUGUACCUAUAGCUACAGCGGAAGCACAGCGAAGUGGACCAGUGCAUAUUAAAACACUCGCCUCUACUUUGGCCUCAGCAGAGCCUGAGCUUCAACGUCAGAUGCUAGGAGAACAGCUAUUUCCGCUCGUCAAGAGCAUCGAGCAUGAUUAUGCAGGCAAGGUUACUGGAAUGCUUCUAGAGAUGGAUAAAACAGAAGUGCUCCAUCUGAUAGAGUCCCCAGAUGCUUUGAAGAAAAAAGUUUCAGAAGCCAUGGCUGUUUUGGAGCGAGCUGGUUCUGGAUCUGAUGCUGCAGAUCAACUCGGUUCAUUAUCACUCAACUGAGUGUUAUACGUUUGGUUAGAUAUUGAUUUUUAGCUUUGGGUGCGUGCAGCCAAAUUUUUGUGGCUUGAUGAUUUUGGACGAAAAAAAGUGCCCGUAUGUGCGGAGAGUGGGAAUUGGAGGGUGUGGAUUGUUUUUCUUUUUUUUAGUUUUACCUUUACUGGCGACUCUUUAGGUUUAAGCAAGGUUUUGUUGGAUGAUUUCUAGCUUUGUUAUGGAAUAUUUCUUUGAAUUCUUUAACUUGAUAAAUUCUUUUCAAA